AACAAGAUUUAACCAAAGCAACUGUAUUUUCUCUUGCUUUAAGUCUAGGGAAGAUACUCUUCCAUCUCAACAGAACUUGAAGACUCAUAGCAAAAUGUAUUGUGGAGAUUACACACAAGGAACAAUUCUUCCUGCUCCAAAUUUUAACCCUAUAAUGGAUGCCCAGUUGCUAGGAGGAGCCCUACAGGGAAUUUGUUGUGAAAAGGAUGUGUUGAUUGAAAUCCUAACGCAGCGUUGCAACUCCCAGCGGCUCACGAUUGCCGAGGCGUACAGAGACAUGUAUGGCAGGGAUUUGAUAACAGACCUAAAAGAGAAUCUCUCUCAUCACUUUAAAGAAGUUAUGGUUGGCUUGAUGUACCCACCUGCAUCCUAUGAUGCCCAUGAGCUUUGGCAUGCCUUGAAGGGAGUAGACACAGAAGAAAAAUGUCUAAUUGACAUAUUAGCCUCAAGAUCAAAUAUGGAGAUCUUCCAGAUGAAAGAAGCCUACGUGAUGCAAUAUAAUUCUGAUCUUCAACAAGAUAUCGAUUCUGAGACUUCGGGUCACUUCAGAGAUACACUCAUGAACCUUGCUCAGGGAACAAGGAUGGAAGGAUAUGCAGACCCUUCUACAGCUGCUCAGGAUGCAAUGAUUCUAUGGGAAGCAUGCCAGCAGAAGACAGGCGAACACAAAAACAUGCUGCAAAUGAUUCUCUGCAACAGGAGUCAGCAGCAGUUGUGGAUGGUUUUCCAGGAGUUCCAAAAUAUCUCUGGGCAGGACAUAGUAGACGCCAUUAAUGAAUGUUACGAUGGAUACUUUCAAGAAUUACUGGUUGCAAUAGUUCUCUGCAUUCGUGACAAGCCGUCCUACUUUGCUUACAGGCUUUAUAAUGCAAUUCAUGACUUUGGGUUUCACAAUAAAACAGUUAUUAGGAUUCUCAUUGCCAGGAGUGAGAUAGACUUGAUGAACAUACGCCAGCGAUACAAAGAGAGAUAUGGGAAAUCACUCUUCCAUGACAUUAAACAUUUUGCUUCAGGCCAUUAUGAGAGUGCUUUACUUGCCAUCUGUGCUGGUGAUACAGAAGAUUAUUAAGAAGAUGCACUCUGAAGGCUGUGGAAACCUAUUUUAAAUAGAAAUUGAAGUUAUAUGCAAUGCACUAACUCUAAG